AUGCCUCUCUUCGGUCACAAGAACAAUGACCCAGUUCAGCCCACUCCCAACGCCCGCACCUCCCAUGGUGCUCGACAUUCGACAUCGUCUUCCGACGCCAGCAGUCCUCGGCAUGGAUUUUUCGGCGGCAGCAGCGGACGUCGCUCCUCCUCUUCAGACCUCCGGGACUCUCGUCGUACAAGCACCAGCAAACGAACCGCCGGAGGCUUGUUCAACAAAAACACCGAAGAUCCUUCCAUCAGCGAUGCACGUCAACGAGUAGCCUCAGCUGAGAGAGCCGAGCAGGAGGCCGAUCGAGCAUUGGUUCAAGCCAGGGCUGCUGUUCGAGACGCCAGAGAUCAUGUCAAGAUGAUUGAGAGGGAGGCCGCUGAAGAAGCACGUCUAGCAAAGAUCAAGCAACAAAACGCCAAAGAUAUCUCCAAGAGAGCCAAGCCAUUGGGCCGUAAGUGA